AUGGCUGAAGGUGGUGGUGUAAAAAUUGAUCUGCUGUGUGGUAUUUGUCUUAUGGAAUACAAGAAACCCAAACUGUUGUCCUGCUUACACACGUUUUGUGAAGAAUGUCUCAAGUUCAAUGUUUCGGUCGGUGCAAUUGUCUGCCCAAUUUGUGAACACAAGACUUCUUUACCAGAUGGAGGAUUAAAAAGCCUAAAGGAUAACAAAAUUGUGGAGUAUGAUGAGAAUGACUCCGAAUUUGGAGCUCGAUGUGAUGGCUGCAUGAGACCAAUUGGAUCAACUAAAUGUCUGGACUGUUCCUCGACUUUAUGUGAAGGUUGUGUGGCGAGUCACAAUUAUAAUUAUGCUGACCAUGAGCUGAAAAGUCUUCAAGAUGAGUUGUUGGUUUGCCCUGAACAUCAAGACCAGUGCCAGCACUACUGUAAAAUGUGUGAUGAACUGCUCUGCGAUAAAUGCCUAAGAUCGCAUGAACAGCACAUCACAUUCUCUCUUCCAGAAGGAGAUGAGGACGCUGCACUGAGUAUCGUUGAAGCAAUUAAUAAGUGCAAACAACAAGUCAGGAACCUUCAGCUGACUUCAGCAGAUAUCGAAAAAGCUUCUGAAAAGAUACAGCACGAGAAAACAGACAAGAUAAAUUUGAUCGAGAAGAAAUUUGAGAAGCUGUUUGAAGACCUUGCAAAGUGCAAAGAUAAACUGAUACAAAAGAUUGAGAAGAGUUUUUAUGUUCAGCAGAAGUAUUUGCAAGUGGAGAAACAUAGCAUGUAUGUUGGGGAAAGUCUAAUCAACCAUUGCUGCCAAUUCAGUGAGAAAGUAGUUGGUAGCAACAACCACUCUGGUUUGGUUCUAGCUUAUAAGAAAGAUAUUAUGAAACGUCUAUGUCAGUUGUACAUGGCAACAAGCUUUUUACCCAGCUUCCAAGAUAAGAAGUUCAUUAAUUGUCUGCCAAGUGUCAACACUCAAGAUUUAUGUAAGGUGGAAGAAGUAGUGAGGGAUUUGGCUUUGGAAGAUAAGGGAAAUGUUAAAAGUGAAGUUUCCACAACAAAAAUCAACUGGCCAAAAUCUGGGGAGAAAAAUGUUCUUAAUUGUUACUGA